UUAGCUCACACUGUAGAGAGCACCUGAAGAUAAGAGUUGAAGAUGAAGCUCUCAUGGAUGUUCUGUGGAGUCGGGAUCAUCUUUUGCAGUACGGUUCUUGUAACAGCUUACUGGCAGCAGGAAGAUGAUGAGCAUAUCCUGGUGGAUAACAAGUGUCAGUGUGUAAAGGUGACAACAAAAUUUGUCCCUGAUAAAGAGAACCCUCAAGAAAAGAUCCUGGAGAGGAACAUCCGCAUCAUAGUUCCUCUCAAUGCCCGGGAGAACAUUUCUGACCCUACUUCGCCACAAAGAACCAAAUUUGUAUACAAGAUCUCCAAACUGUGUGCCAAAUGUGACACCCCAGAAAGUGCAAAAGAGGUGUUUGGGUCAGACACUUUAUGUAACCAUCCUGAGGAACCCUGUUACACCUACGACCGGAAUAAAUGUUACACUGCCUCUGUCUUGUUCUCCAACAAUGGGAAAACUAAGCCCAUUCAGACAGCCUUAACACCUGAAUCCUGCUAUCUUGAUUAGAUCACAACUGUAGUGCUGCAGUAUUUGUUCAGCAUUCUGGGAAUGUCUACACCACAGAAAUAUAUGUUGAACUUAUGCCAGUGAUUACUUUCACAGCUCAUUUGGGGGGGAAUACAUAUCCCAAUCUUCACAUGCGGAAGGACCCCCUCCCUUUCUCCCUGCCAUAUUGGGUAUCUAUAUUGAUCCAUGGACAAAAAAGCCAUACAAGUAAGAAGGGGAAGGAGGAGUUCAAAUGAACAUUCUCUUCUCCCAAAGAAUCCUGGGAAUUGUAGUUUGGUCUGGAUGCUGUGAAUUUUCUGAGACAUCUUAGAUAUCUCUCUUGGAACCUUGUAUCUCCUGGGUGAAGAGAGUAGCCAUUUCAUGUCUUUGGUGUAGACAUCCUCACAUGCUCGUAAUGCUUAAAAGAAUGUUGAAAAGUUACCCAUCUCUUCAUCUGCAUCAGCAGAAUGCUCUCCCUUGAUUUCUUCCACGUGCUUCUUCUAAUAUAAACAACCACUGCUAACUAUCUACUACACUUUUCAUUACUGCAUGUCAUCAAUAAAAUUAUAUCUCAUUAGAA